AAGGCAUCAGCUGUCUUCCGUUUUCUCGACGGCUGCUGUGAAGUCAACUCGCCGUCGCUAAAAGCGUCCGGUUCGAACGACGAUGCGGCCGUUUGUCCGGUUGCCGGAGCGUUCCUGAGCGCGACACGAGAGCACAACCGAACGCCGGCAAACGCGUGCGCGUCGCCAUUGCUCGCCGCCAUUGUUGUUAGCAUAUUAGCUGCUAUUGAAGCGUCGUCGAGGCCCUUCCAAACAUGACUUCAGCUUCCACCAAAGUUGGAGAAAUCUUUUCAGCGGCCGGUGCCGCUUUCAGCCGACUCGGAGAACUCACCAUGCAGCUUCACCCCGUGGCAGACGCCAACCCCGCCAGCACUCACGCCAAGAGCCCGGCCAAGCGGAAGCACGAAGACAACGCUCGGAGCGGCUCGUCCGAGGGCGGCCACCCGCCGAAGACCAAGAAGGCCGCCGCCGCCACGUCGCCCGGUGCCGCCGCGAAGAAGCGGAAGGCCGCGGGUGAGUUGGAGCGCAAGACAUUACUGGGAAGAGCGAAUAACGUGCACGUGUGUCCAGAUGUCACCCUGAGCGCCCUCAACAGCGACCUGGUGGACAUGGAGGGACUGGUUCGAGUGUGCCCGUCCAAAAAGCUCAACUUUGAUCAAGAUGCGUUGAACUUGGACUCCGGCCUCAUCAUGAACUCCGCCGACCUUCCUCUGCUGUCACGCUGACGUCGUCACGCAGCGCGCGGCACCGUCCGAUACCCGCCGGAUAGUGUCGCACCGGAUUGGACUGUCCGAAUGAGUCUCGCGAUCGUUUUAUUUAUAACACGCGACACAGUUUUCCACAACAAGUGGUGGGGAAAGAUUGCCAGGGCUGCUGAUUUGGGAAUAAAAGAUGAAAAUAUU